AUGCUGUCAUCGCUCCUGCUUGCCUUGUCGGCAACUAUUGUCUCUGCGGUACCAGCUUCAACACACCAGGAUGGCAACGUCAACGGAACAAUCCCAAGGCCAAAGGUUAUCUUUGACAACGACUGGAACUCCGUUGGAUUCGUUCCAUUCCUUCAAGCGCUAAAGGCAAAUUGGGAUGUCUUGGGCCUGGUCUCCGAUACGUCCGAUUCCUGGGCAUUACAGUGUGGACUUCACGCACUCGCGAUUCUGGAAGUGGGGGAUCUUGAAUGUAUCCCCGUAUAUCGAGGGGCGAACUACCCGCUCCUGAACACUCCUGGCCUCUACCGAGCAUGGGCAGACGUUCAUGGACGUCUUCCGUGGGAGGGAGCCUUUGCUCCCGAGAACCAGACCAAGGAAGCUUUGGGAAACAAUCCAACGAGUGGAGAUCCCAACCGCAUUUCCAAGUCAGCAUUCAAGGAGGGAUAUCCAAACAACACCUUCGCAUCCGACAUCUCUGCUGCCGAAUUCAUGGUGCAGCAAGUCCGGAAGUAUCCUGGAGAAGUCACCAUCUACUCCGCCGGCGCCUUGACGAACAUCGCCCUUGCUGCACGCAUCGAUCCCAAUUUUGCAAAGAAUACCAAGGGUUUGGUCAUCAUGGGGGGCUACUUAGAUGGUAAUCUGCUGCAAACGACCGGUUCCACGAGACUGGCCGACUUUCAAAGCGAUAUCAAUCUGAAAAUGGAUCCGGAGAGCUCAAAGAUUGUUCUGACUUCUCCAUUCCCGAAAAUAACCAUCAAUGGCAACGUCGCGAACACAUUGAUUUCUACCCAAGAAUUUCUGGACGAGAUCUACGAAGUGAAGAAUCCGUAUUCGGAGUUGAUGCACAAACACUACGGAACCGAGUUUCCAUUCUGGGAUGAGACGGCGGCCGCCGUCAUGGUCGACCCAUCGAUCGUCAAGAACUCUACUCAAUUCUAUCUGGAUGUGGAUACAAGCUAUGGAUCACCAACUUAUGGCAAUAUCCAUGCUUACCAGAAAGAACUUGCACCGCGGGUGCAGACGUUGCAGCUUGUGGAUUACAUUCUCGAGAUCGAUGUCGAUGCUUUCAAGAAGCAGAUUAAGGAGGCUGUCCAGUAUCCACCAACAUGUGGUAGUUUCUGA